AGCGUGCCCCCCCUGUUGGCUGGAGUUUCUGGGUCGUGCGCGCGUGCGCAGAACCACGGGCACCGCGGCCAUGGAGCUUAGCUUUGUGGCGCCGCGUGCCGUGGCGCCCACCACGCGGGCGGCUGCGAGCGGCGCCGCAAGCGCUGCGGGCCGCAGCACCCGCUCGGCAGAUCAGCAAGUGCUCCGUGGUGUUCCACCACAGGGCUCGAAGGUCCUGGUCGCGGCGCUUCUACUGGCAGGCUCCAGCAGGCGUGUGUUCCGGCGGCGGUGCCGGUCGGGCCGCGCGGCGGCCGCGCGGCCGGACGCGCGGUCGGGUCGCGGGAAGCAUGUGCGGCCGAUCACACAGCGUCAAGGGCAGGUCAUGGACAAGGUGGAGAAGAAGGAAGAGAAGAAGGAUGCCCAUGCCAUCACCGCGGAAAAGAAGGAGCAGGCACCGGAGGCGGUCGCGGAGGCGGCGGAUGCCGCAGAUGCGGCGGUCGUGGGGUCCGGAAGCCCCGAAAGUGCGGUCUUCUUCCAGAUGGAGAAGGUGGCCGAAGAGCACCUCCCAAGCUGUGGAGGCUUCGCAUGGUGCAACACCUCCAUGCCACUGGAGCAGCGUGUCGAUCUGCUGGUGAAGGAACUUACUCCAGAGGAGAAGAUCUUGCAGCUCAGCAACGACCUCUUCGGUGGGGUACCAGCCAUUGAGCGUGUGGGCUUGCAGUCCUACAAUUACAUCCGAGAGGCCGCGCAUGGCGUUCUCCUGCGAGGCGGACGACCUCAAGCCACGAGCUUCCCACAGGUCGUGGCCAUGGCCGCCUCCUUCAACCGGAGCCUUUUCCGACGGGUGGGCCGCGCGGUAGGCCGCGAGGCGCGAUACCUGCAAGACGUGGGCGUGAUGUGGGGAGACUACUUGGGUCGCUACGGAGGCCUGGUCUUGCAGUUCAACGUGAACCUCUUCCGCGACCCGCGCUGGGGCCGCGGCCAGGAGACGCCCGGCGAGUCGCCCGAGCUCACCGGGGCCUUCGCCGAAGCCUACGUGAGGGGCAUCCAAACCCCUUUGCCUGGGAAGACCACCCCACAGGCGGCUGCCUCGUGCAAACAUUAUGCAGCCUACUCGUUCGAAGGGGGGCCCACCGAACUCAAUAGGACCACCUCGAUGAGACACACAGUCCCUGGAUAUUCCAAUGUGAGCCGCCACAAUGAGGACGCCGUGGUGUCGCGGCGGGACUUCUUGGAGUCCUACGACGAGCCUUGGGUGUCCUGUGUGAAGGCGAAGGCUCUUGGAGUGAUGUGCGCCUAUAACCAGGUGAACGGGGUGCCCUCCUGUGGCAACCAGCGGCUCCUGCGCAAGCUGCUGCGAGAGAAGUGGGGCUUCGAAGGGGUCGUCGUCACGGAUUGCGACUCGAUCUCUGACAUGUAUGCACUGCAGAAGUACCGUUCCACUCCGAGCGCCACCAUCCGGGCGGCUCUGGCCGCUGGCACAGAUGUCUCCUGCAGCCCAG